ACUAAUUUGUUACUCAGCUCAAACUUGCGUGGCAAUUGACAUAGCUACCCCGAGGAAUUAACCGUGACAAGGGCGAGGAUCGUCAUUUCAGUCAAAAGACCUUACUGCUUCUUCUUACGGCACAGUAGUUCGUUCAGUCCACCACUACCAGUAGAACGUUACGUGCUCUCUCACUUUCUGCCGGUUUUACGGCCUCUCACUUUCCAUACUCAUUGACAAUUACCAUUUUACCCCGCUCCACCACUCUCCUUUCCUGGUUUCCUAACUUCCCACUCACUUAACCCUCUGCUCUCGCCAGCCGCCUCCCACAAACCCCUUUCUCUCGCUGCUCGCCACCGGCAAUUAUGGCGACCACCCUGAACCCACAUUCCGCUCUCCCCUUCCUCUUCCUUCUCCUUCUCACCCCCACACUCUCCGCAACCACCGCCAACCCAGAUUUAGCCCCAUUAAUGGAAUUCAAAGCCGCUUCCGAUCCAACCAACCGCCUCUCCGACUGGAACCCUUCCUCCGCCGACCCCUGCAACUUCACCGGCGUCACCUGCCUCAAAAACAGAGUAACCCGACUCGUCCUCGAGAACCUGAACCUCACCACCACCUCUUCACAUCUCCACCUCCGCCCACUCGCUUCCCUGACUCACCUCCGAGUCCUCAGCCUCAAGUCCAACUCGCUCGCCGGCCCGCUCCCCGAUUCCCUCUCCAAUUUGACCUCCCUCAAGCUCCUCUUCCUCUCCCACAACAGGUUCUCGGGCGAAUUCCCUCUCUCCCUCCUCUCCCUCUCCCGCCUCUACCGCCUGGAUCUCGCCCACAACAACUUCUCCGGUUCCAUCCCUGCGGGGCCCACCACGCUCAGCCGUUUGACCCACCUGUUGACUCUCCGCCUCGAGGACAACAAUUUCACCGGCUCCAUCUCUUCCUUAGUCCUGCCGCCGUCGCUCCGCGAUUUCAACGUCUCCGGCAACCGCCUCUCCGGUGGGAUCCCCAAAUCGAUGUCCGGCUUCCCUACCUCCGCUUUCUCCCGCAACAACGCUCUCUGCGGGGAACCGUUGGCUCAACCCUGCAAAUCCGGGUCGCUGGACCCCACAAUCCCAGGAUCCGGCGGAGCAAUUUCGUCUCCGGGAAGCAGUGGUAGCAAGCCGACGGAGGUUGUGGCGUCGUCGCCAAGCUCGCUGCCGACGGCGGCGGCGAAGGAAGCGGGAAAGCCGACGACGACGAACACAACGCCGUCGAAGAUAGGUCCAGCGGCAGUAAUCGCGAUCAUCCUCGGCGACCUUCUGGUCCUGGCGGUGGUCUCCCUCCUCCUCUACUGCUACUUCUGGCGCAACUACGCCGCCAAGAUGAAGCUCCGGAAAGGAGGCGGAGGCGGACCAGGAGGAAAGCUUUCUGCGACGGCGGAGACGGAGAAGAUCGUGUACUCGUCGAGCCCGUACCCGAACCCGAAUCCGACCGGGUCGGCCCACGCGGGCGGCGGGCCCCGGAUGAUGAUGGUGUUCUUCGAAGGAGCCAAGAGGUUCGAGCUGGAGGAUCUGCUGAGGGCGUCGGCGGAGAUGCUGGGGAAAGGCGCGUUCGGGACGGCGUACAAGGCCGUGCUCGACGACGGCAAUGUGGUGGCGGUGAAGCGGCUCAAGGACGCCAAUCUCGUCGGCGGCGGGAGCGCCGCCGCCAAAUUCGAGCAGCAGAUGGAGGUGCUGGGGAGGCUCCGGCAUCCCAAUCUGGUGAGCCUGAGAGCCUACUACUUCGCCAGGGAAGAGAAGCUCCUCGUCUACGACUACAUGGCCAACGGCAGCCUCUUCUGGCUUCUCCACGGUAACAGGGGACCUGGGAGGACGCCGCUGGACUGGACCACAAGGCUGAAGAUAGCAGCCGGAGCAGCCCGGGGCUUGGCUUUCAUCCACUCCUCCUGCAAAGCACUCAAGCUCACCCAUGGCAACAUCAAGUCCACCAACGUCCUCCUCGACCGCUCCGGCAAUGCCCGAGUCUCCGACUUCGGCCUCUCCACAUUCGCCUCCUCCUCCUCUUCCUCCGCGCCCAGAGCCAACGGGUACCGAGCUCCGGAAUCCGGUCCGGAUUCCAGGAAGCUGACACAGAAAUCCGACGUGUAUUCCUUCGGGGUGCUGCUGCUCGAGCUGCUCACGGGGAAGUGUCCUUCCUUAGCAGACUGCGGAGUUGGGAUGGGAGGUGGAUAUGGCGGCGGCGGUGGCGGGGUGGUUGACUUGCCGAGGUGGGUGCAGUCGGUGGUGAGGGAAGAGUGGACGGCGGAGGUGUUCGAUUUGGAGCUGAUGAGGUACAAGGACAUCGAGGAGGAGAUGGUGGGCCUGCUGCAGAUUGCGAUGACGUGUACCUCGCCGGUGCCGGAUCAGCGGCCGAAGAUGAGCCAGGUGGUGAAGAUGAUCGAGGAGUUGAGAGGUGGUACCGAGGUUUCUCCUGCUCAUGAGGGCUUUGACUCUGUCUCGGAUUCGCCUUCGCUGUCGGAGGACACUGCUGGUGGUGGUGCCACCAGCCAGUAGUGAGAAAAAAAAAGGAUAGGUCAAAAUCCACGACAACUAGGUAGCUAGGCAGUAAAAGACGAGUAACCGAUUCGUUGUUUGUUUGGUUGUUAAUGUUAUUUGUAGUCUUGUGUUUUAACUUUAGUAACCACUGUUAUUUACUUCACUGUUGGAACGGUAACAAGGUAAAAGCUCUAUGGGUAUUGGGUGGGGUGAAUUAAUGGUGAUUGUAGUUAUGUUUUGGCGGCUUGCCUUCUCGGUAGUCGGUAACAAUUCUCAUACAAGUGGAAGUUACUGUACCUACCUCAUUCCCAAUGGUUUUGUAUUUAUUUGGGCUUAAGCAUGAAGCCUUUUUAGGCUUUAGCGCGGCUCCCCCAAAUCCCAAUAGGCCUUAGAGUUGCCGGCCCAAUUCAUCUGGAUGUUUGUUUAGGACACAUUGUGUAGCAUACUAGAUACUACUAGGGAUGACAAAGAAAAAAAAAUUACUACUAGGGAUGACAAACGAGUUCGGGUGGAGCUGGAGGGCUUGAGAUACAGUUAGUAACCUAAGAUUACUGAUUUGUGAGUAACUCACCCGGAGUCGUUGAUCUAGGAUGGAGCGAUCAUGUGGUUGGGAAUGAUGCGGGAUGAGGAGGGGUAUUUUUGUCCGCUUUUUGAAUUUUUAAUUAUUUUUUUUAAUUUGCUCAGCAUUUAUUAAUUAGCUUUGCAUGGAGGGGAGAGAGUUAGUGUCUUAUCUCUGCAGCUCUCUUUUCUUCUUUCUUUGUUCCUUUCUCUCUGCCAAACUCCUUCUUCUCUAGAUCUAAUCUCUUAUUAUGUUCUUCUUUUUUUCUCUCUAGCAAUCUCCUUUUUUCUUUGUUCCUUUCUCUCUUCCCAUCUCCUUCUUCUCUAGAUCUAAUCUCUUAUUCUGUUCUUCAUUUUUUCUCUAUAGCAAUCGAUAAAGGAAAGUGCAGCCUCCUUUUUUCAAGUACUCGGCUUCAAAAUUGGUGACGCUCCAUAUCGACCAAGAGGGGACAGAUCUAGGUGAGUCGAGUUUGCAUGUUUUAGUUUUAGUUUAUGGAUUUUCAAUUCCAAUCUUCCUCAUUUUUUCUUCUUUUAGUGUUCUCGUUUGCUGCGGAGGAAAGGAGAGGAGGCAGAAGAAAGGCAUGUGAAGUACGUCUUAGUUUUAUGUAUAUUGUUGUUACCAUACUAUACCAUGGUGGUAUUGUGUGGUAACUAGAUGUAUAUUGUGAUUACCAUACUAUACCAUAUGGUAAUGUGUGGUAAUCGACAUCAAUUCAGAGAAAGGAGAUUCAGAAGACAAUGAAGGGAACAAGAAAGC